UGUUUUAAGUAGGAUAUAAGCCUCAAACUGUCCAUUCUGUAAGAGAAAGAACUGAUCUCGGCCCUAUGGGCCUCGAUUAGCUCUUUCUCUCACAGAAUGGACAGUGUUUGGCUUAUAUCCUUUACAUAAAAUAGAUGAUUCCACGGUGAACACAUUUUAAAGAUAUUAUUUAUUUUGAGGUGUUUAGAAAAUGUAUUCACCAUCCUGUAAAUAUACAUAUACAAUAUCUUCUAAAAGGCAAAUAGUGGAGAGAGAAACUCUACAUAACCGGAGUCUUCCAAAGCUGCAAGGAUUCGUCAAAUAUUACUUGGUUACCAUUCUUAUUAAUAUUCUGUCACUACAAUGCUUUAUCAGUGGUAGCUGCAUCUAACUACAUGUGCAUUAUGUUUGUUUUCUUGCUUGAAAAUUUGAGGUGUCUGUAAAUAUGUCUGUUAAAAUGCUAAUUCUUUUCUUCUUCUUUUUAAUAUAGAGAUUACAUCGUAAUACUGAGAUAGAAGAUAUGACUGGGAAAAAGAUGAAGGCUAUGGAAAUAUUUUCUAUAUCUAUUAAACAUUUGAAGAAUUCUAUGAUGGACAUAAUGCAACAGAAAAUUGCCUUUAAAAUCUUAGAAAAAGACAUCGACUAUGUAUUGACAGUGCCAGCAAUUUGGGGAGAUGCAUCGAAAAUGUUCAUGCGAGAAGCUGCAGUUAAUGCUGGAAUACCAGGUGACCAAUUAAACAUCGCUUUAGAAUCAGAGGCAGCCUCCAUUUACUGUCAGUAUAUGUAUCUGGAGCAAGAAUAUGACAAAGUUCACGAUAGUACAUUCCAGAAGCAGGUGAAAGAAAAAUCCAAAUACAUGGUUGUAGACCUUGGAGGUGGUACUGCUGACAUCACCGUUCACAAACAAGCAGACGAUGGAUCAUUAGAGGCGUUGCUUCCUGCCACUGGAGGACCAAUAGGAGGAACGUCUGUAGAUGACGAGUAUGCAAAUUUCUUGGAAACAAUCGGAGGAAAAAGAGUGUUAAACAAGUUUAAAGAACUUUGUCUGGAAGAUCAUUUAAGUAUAUUCAGAGACUUUGAAACAGCAAAACGUGCGUACAAUGGAACAAAAGUUAGAAUUAAAAUCCCAGCCAAUUUUGAUAGCCUUAUUAAAGAAGAUAAAACUAGGGGAAGUAUAAGCAAGGCGCUUCGAGAUUCACAAUACAAAGACCAAGUUACCUAUAAGAAUUAUAAACUUGCCUUGGAACCUUCAGUAUUUGAAGAUGUGUUCAAGAAAGCCGUAGAUGGAAUUUCAAACCUUAUCGAAAAUAUUUUAGCUAUGCAAUCUUUUAACGAUGUGAAGACCAUCAUCAUGGUUGGAGGCUUUUCAGAGUGUAACGUUAUUCAAAAUGCAAUCAAGGCAAAAUUUUCAUCAUAUCGAAUCAUUACACCUCCCGAGGCUGGGCUUGCUGUUGUUAAAGGUGCCGUCUAUUUUGGACAUGUGCCAACUGCCAUAUCAAGGCGUGUCUCGUGAUAUACGUAUGGAAUCCAAAGCUGGCCAGAAUAUACACCAGGGAUAGAUCC